CAAACUCAAGCCUGAAGUUUCUGCGUGUCAGUACAAAAAACCAAGACAUAUGCACACAUACAUAAAGAAUCUGUAGAAAUAUAUAGAGUUGUUUUUCUCUGUCAAAAUUAGAGUCUUUAAAAAAAUCAUAAACAAUUCUAAAAAUGGUGUGUGAGUAACCGUGUUUUAACUUACUCUUUGAAUCUUUCUUCCUGUCUUGUUCUUUUAUUUUUGUAUAUGGAAGAUCAGCAAGUGUUUCUUCCAUGGACAAAAUUCUGGAAUAAAUCCUCUUGUUGUGUUGCUUCUCAUCACAGUACAAGACAACCCCAAUACAUACAAACACACAGUCAAUGCUAACAGAAGAAACAGUCAGGAAAGGACAUUCCAAAACCAUGGCUACUUCAAAUUCAAUCAUUUUCAAAUUUGUAUCUUUCUUGCUUCUUGUUUCUUCAUUUACUACUGUUGUCUCUGAGCAUAAUACUCUGCCCGCAAAUCAAACUUUCCGGCCACGGCAAGAAUUGUUGAAACUCAAGAGGAUAAGGGCUCACCUCAAGAAAAUCAACAAGCCUCCAGUCAAAACAAUUAAGAGUCCAGAUGGGGAUCUAAUAGAUUGUGUGUUAUCUCAUCUUCAACCAGCUUUUGACCAUCCUCAGCUCAAGGGAAUGAAGCCAUGGGAACCUCCAAAGAGGCCUAAAGCUAAUAACACCAUGAAUGAAAUGGCAGAAAGCUUACAACUUUGGACAGUUUCUGGAGAAUCAUGCCCUGAAGGAACUGUUCCAAUUAGAAGAACAACAGAGAAAGAUGUUGUGAGAACUAGCUUAAGAAGAUUUGGUAGAAAAAUUAGAAGAGGUGUAAGGCAUGACACGUUGAGCAAUGGUCAUGAGCAUGCGGUAGCUUUCGUUAAUGGAGAUCAAUAUUAUGGAGCAAAGGCAAGCAUUAAUGUUUGGACACCUAGAGUUACUGACCAAUAUGAAUUCAGUCUGUCCCAGCUAUGGGUCAUCUCUGGCACAUUUGGCCAUGAUCUUAAUACCAUUGAAGCUGGUUGGCAGGUCAGCCCAGAACUAUAUGGAGACAACUAUCCUAGGUUCUUCACUUAUUGGACGACGGAUGCAUACCAAGCUACAGGAUGUUACAACUUAUUAUGCUCAGGUUUCGUUCAAACAAACACCAGAAUUGCAAUGGGGGCAGCAAUAUCUCCAAGAUCAUCUGUCAAUGGUAGACAAUUUGAUAUUGGCAUAAUGAUAUGGAAGGAUCCAAAGCAUGGACACUGGUGGCUAGAAUUCGGGUCAGGUCUAUUAGUUGGGUACUGGCCAGAUUUGUUGUUCAGCCAUCUGAGAGGCCAUGCAAGCAUGAUACAAUUUGGAGGAGAAAUAGUGAACUCAAGAUCAACUGGAUAUCACACUUCAACACAAAUGGGAAGUGGACAUUUUGCUGAUGAAGGCUUUGGCAAGGCUUCUUAUUUCAGAAAUUUGCAAGUAGUUGAUUGGGAUAAUAACUUAAUUCCUAUGUCAAAUCUUCAUCUUUUAGCUGACCAUCCAAAUUGCUAUGACAUUAGAGCCGGAAAAAAUAAUGUUUGGGGUAAUUAUUUUUACUAUGGUGGUCCUGGAAGAAAUUCAAGGUGCCCUUAAAGAAAAAAGAAAAAAGUGUGCAAUUAAUUUCAUUUUGGUCUUGUAGAGUGUCUUAUUUUUUUUUCCUACUCUUUUUUUAACCACUUUAGUUCUUUGUGUCCCUAUUUUGACCUAGGAUUUAGAAGGUUUGGGUCAUUUCUAGAUUCUUUCAUAUAACAAACUUGCUUUGCUCAAUUUGAUCUUCAUGAGUCUUAUGUAAAUUUUUGGUAAGAAGUUGAUAUUAUUUGAUUUAUAA